AUGGAACCAUGCAAGGAGGCUCUUGCCCAACACAGGGAAAUGGACAAUAUGAAACUGACUGAAUCCCUGCUGAAAGAGAAGGGCAAGCAGACAAAUGGCACCCCAAGCACAGCCUGGGAGGGACACUGGAGUGUCAUCUCUUAUGACAUGCUCCCUGACUGGCUAAAAGACAAUGACUACCUGCUCCACGGCCAUAGGCCCCCGCUGCCUUCCUUCUGGGCUUGCUUUAAAAGCAUCUUUCGCAUCCACACAGAAACUGGCAACAUCUGGACCCAUCUGUUUGGUUUUGUGCUGUUUCUCUUUUUGGGAAUCUUCACCAUGCUCAGACCAAAUAUGUACUUUGUGGCCCCUGUACAAGAGAAGUUGGUUUUAGGGAUGUUCUUUUUGGGUGCAGUGCUCUGCCUCAGCUUCUCCUGGCUCUUUCAUACUGUCUCUUGUUACUCAGAAAGAGUCUUUAAAACAUUUUCCAGACUGGAUUACUCAGGGAUUGCCCUGCUGACGAUGGGGAGUGUUGUCACCUGGCUCUAUUAUUCUUUCUACUGCUCCUCAAAGCUAUGGCUCAUUUACACCUACAUCAUCUGUGUCCUGGGCACUCUUGCCAUCAUUGUGUCCCAGUGGGAUCGGUUUGCCACCCCUAAACAUAGGUCAACAAGAGCAGCAGUCUUCCUGGCACUCGGUUUGAGCAGUCUUGUGCCCACAAUGCACUUUACUUUUGCCGAGGGCAUUGUCAGAGCCAUCACGGUGGGCCAGAUGGGCUGGUUCCUGCUGAUGGCCUUACUGUACAUAUCUGGAGCUUGCCUUUAUGUUGCUCGAAUUCCUGAGCGUUUCUUUCCCGGGAAAUUUGACAUAUGGUUCCAAUCUCAUCAGAUUUUUCAUGUCUUGGUGAUAGCAGCAGCCUUGGCUCACUUUCAUGGCAUCUCCAAACUUCAGGCAUUCCGUCAUAACUUAGGAAGUGGCUGUACUGAUGACUUAUUUCUCUGA